ACCAGCAGCAAUGAAACAAAGCAGAGGAAGAGCAGCGGUUUGUUUGUUUACAUCUAAGCUAAUGCUAAUGACGCAGCUGUAGUUCCAGCUGCAGCGGCUGUAUCUCUCUACCUGUCGCCUGGAAGCUGGAGACUGGCGGUCUGUGUCUCCUCUUCCAGUUUGUCCUGCGAUUGUGAAUAAAGGCGUAGUUCCGGAGGAUUACAGCAGCCAUGGCUCAGCAGAGAGGAGUCAACAGCCUCCAGUUCAACCAGGACCAAAGCUGUUUCUGCUGUGCGAUGGAGACGGGGGUGAAAAUCUACAACGUGGAGCCGCUGAUGGAGAAGGGCCACCUGGACCAUGAGCAGGUGGGCAGUGUGGCGCUGUGCUCCAUGCUGCAUCGCUCCAACCUGCUGGCCUUGGUCGGAGGAGGAGUCAAUCCCAAAUUCUCCGAAAUCUCCGUUCUGAUCUGGGAUGACGCUCGAGAGUCCCGAGACCCCAAGGAUAAGCUGGUGCUGGAGUUCACCUUCACCAAACCGGUUCUGGCCGUUCGCAUGAGGCACGACAAGAUCAUAAUCGUGUUGAAGAACAAGAUCUUCGUUUACAGUUUCCCAGACAAUCCCGUCAAGCUUUUUGAAUUCGACACCAGAGACAACCCUAAAGGUAUCUGUGACCUGUGUCCCAGUCUGGAGAAACAGCUGUUGGUAUUCCCAGGUCACAAAUGCGGCAGCUUGCAGCUGGUGGACUUGUCCAACACCAAGCCCGGCACAUCGUCGGCGCCGUUUACCAUCAACGCCCACCAGAGCGAGAUCGCCUGCGUGGCGCUGAACCAGGCAGGCAGCGUGGCGGCGUCAGCGUCCCGCAAAGGAACCCUGAUCCGACUGUUCGACACCACAACCAGAGACAAGCUGGUGGAGCUGCGCAGAGGCACCGACCCAGCCACGCUCUACUGCAUCAACUUCAGCCACGACUCGUCCUUCCUGUGUGCCUCCAGCGACAAAGGCACCGUCCACAUCUUUGCUCUGAAGGACACCAAACUCAACCGACGCUCAGCCCUGGCCCGUGUCGGGAAGGUGGGCCCUGUGAUUGGUCAGUAUGUGGACAGCCAGUGGUCGCUGGCCAGCUUCACCGUGCCUGCUGAGUGCGCCUGCAUAUGUGCUUUUGGAAAAAACACAUCCAAAAACGUGAACUCGGUCAUCGCCAUCUGUGUAGACGGGACCUUCCACAAGUACGUCUUCACACCGGAUGGAAACUGCAAUCGAGAAGCCUUCGACGUGUACCUGGACAUCUGUGACGACGAUGACUUCUGAGAGGAAGGCAAAGGGACGAGACUUACCUGAAGAGACCGCUGUGGUCUGGAGAUGGAAAAGAUGGAAAAGACCAACAAACUCAGCUGCAGCCUGUUUUAUCAAGAGCCACGUUUUAAUCAGUUGUAUUUACAAUGUGCAGCUCAGUCGGUCAAAUGCAGCCCAACUUACCUGGAUGAUGAGUAACACAUGACUAGUGUUCAGAAUUUAUGGAAGCUGACAAUGAAGUCUGACUAAAAUUAGAAAUGUUUUAUAAAAAACUGUUUCUUUUAUUGUAAGUAAUAAAUAGACCUUUUAUUUAUA